AUGGCUUCCAACAAUACACGACAAUCUCGUGUGAUAAAGACAUCGAAAAAGCGCGGCAGAGCCGUGACAUCGAACGUUCUAGCCAUGUUCAACCGGCCUCAAAUAGCCGAAUUCAAGGAAGCGUUUAAUAUGAUUGAUACAGACGGUGACGGCUUCAUCGGUAAGGAUGAUCUACUGCGCAUGCUGCUAACGCUGGGCCAAAAUCCAUCUGAGGAGUACGUAGCGGGCAUGCUGGACGAGGCAAAGGCUGAAAUAAACUUCACCAUGUUCCUGUCGAUGUUUGGCCACCGGCUGCAGGGAGCCUGCUGUACCGAUCCAGAGAAGACGAUUAUAAAUGCUUUCAGCUGCUUCGACCAUGAAAACACAGGCGUUCUGAAGGUUGAGUAUCUACGCGAGAUGCUGACGACGAUGGGAGAUUGCCUUACCGACGACGAAGUGGACGAGCUGCUAAGCGAUAUGCCAGUCAAGGAUGGCCUGAUCGAUUACAGAGAAAUCACACGUGUCUUAAAAAAAGGGAACUCAAAGGAGAAGAAGGAUGAAGUUCCACAACAUUAG